AUUGGACUAUAUUAUGUAUUUCUACUUCGCAUUGUCGGCCAUUCUGUAAUCUAUGCCAAAUACUGCUUUACCUGUAUGUUGCUAGGAACAGCCGUACGUAAUGUUGAAAACCCCAUCCGGCAUAGUAGACAACGACCAGCUAGAAGGCUUCUGUAUCGAUUUGCUCAAAGAAAUCGCCACCAUAGUGGGUUUCGAAUACAAACUGACUCUAGUACCUGACGGAAAGUACGGUGCUUAUGACUACGAAACUGGAGAGUGGAACGGUAUGGUCAAGCAACUCAUAGAAAAGAAAGCCGAUUUAGCCGUGGGUUCCAUGACCAUCAAUUACGCCAGAGAGAGCGUCAUCGACUUCACCAAGCCCUUCAUGAACUUGGGUAUUAGCAUUCUUUUCAAAGUAAGUACAUAUUAA